AACACACUCAAAGGGAAAGAACUCUAUUGUAUUUGAGUCUUGCAACAUGUGUGGAAUAUGUUGUGUUUUCCAAAAGGGGAACGAAACCACUUUAAAAUGCAUCACAGAAAAUUCCCUUAUACAGAAUCGUGGGCCUGACUACAGCGGUAGCCAUGUUGUCAGCAUUUCCAGUGAACCGUCUCUUCUGUUUGGUGGAUUUGUCCUUCACCUGCGAGGAAGUGCCACGCCUCAACCAGUCAGGGACGACAAGGGCAAUACCCUGCUGUGGAAUGGAGAGGUCUUUGGAGGAAUGGAAAUGGGGAAGGAGGAGAAUGACACCCAGGCUUUGUUUGAUCACCUGACCCGGACUGCUGACACCCAGGGCAUCCUGACACUGAUGGCUGGCCUCCAGGGACCCUGGUCCUUCAUAUUCUGGCAGGCCUCUGAGAGCAAGCUGUGGUUUGGCCGUGAUGUGUUUGGACGUCGGAGUCUGUUGUGGCAUCUCCCUGACAGUGACACUGACGUGUUUGUUCUGUCGUCUGUGCAAAUUCAGCCUCAUCAUUACCAGGAACUGCCAUCAUUAGGUGUGUACUGUCUAGACCUGGGUGUAUCACAGACUGGUUCAGAUGGAGCCAAUGCAAGUUGCAUCCCCGUGUUGACUGUGUUUCCAUGGAAACAAGGGACAUGGCCUGGAACUAUGGAGCCAGUUUGGGCUGAUGAUUUUACCCAAAAACUGUACCCCACUUCUACAUAUUUUGAUAUAAAAUUGGAUUCUGAAUUCCAUCUUCAUUCAUGGAUGCCAGCAACUAAUAAGGAGUUACCUACCCCUGGGCAUGAGUUAACUCCCCUUGAGAAUGGUGAACAGUGUUACCAGGACUACAUUGGACAUAUCCUUGACAACAGUGAGAUCAUGAAAAGAGCUGUUGAACAGUUAAUGGAAGUGUUACUCAAAUCUGUUCAAAAGCGAGUGUAUAAUCUACCCAGACCAGGUUGUGUCACAGAUAUAUUAGAUGGAAGUAGUUCCGCCAUUGCGGAGGGCGUCGAGAGGAUGAAACUGUGUGAGAUGCGAGAAGGAAAGGGUGAUGGACAAGGUCUGGAUGAAGAGGCAAACACUUCUAGUGGAAAAGCCAAAGUGGCCAUUUUGUUUUCGGGUGGAGUAGAUUCCACUGUGCUAGCCGCUCUGGCAGACAGAUGUCUGCCUCCAGAUGAAUGUAUUGACCUCAUAAAUGUAGCAUUUGAGCAGCUCCCGAAGCAGCCACCUGCCAGCAAAAAGGGUAAACAGAAGUGUGGAGCGGUGCCUGAUGUUCCUCCAGAUAAGUUCAGUGUCCCAGAUCGACUCACAGGAUAUGUUGCUCUCUCAGAACUCAACCCAAACAGGAAGUGGAACUUUGUAGAGGUGAAUGUGACCCAAACAGAGUUGCAGAAAUUCAGAAGUCAACAUGUCCGCCACCUUCUGUACCCGUUGACCUCAGUGCUGGAUGACAGCAUCGGCUGUGCUGUGUGGUUUGCUGCUCGAGGACAGGGCAUUCUGGGUAAUGGAGCAGGUCAAGGCCAAGCGUACAGAUCUGAUGCCAAGGUCGUCCUGUGUGGUAUGGGAGCUGAUGAACAGCUGGCAGGGUACUCCAGGCACAGAGUCCGCUUCAGGGAUCACGGCUGGCAAGGCAUCAUCAAUGAGGUGGACAUGGAAAUGAAGAGAAUCUCCGCUCGCAACCUGGGCAGGGAUGACAGAAUCAUUGGCGAUCAUGGGAGAGAAUCUCGCUUCCCUUUUCUUGAUGAAGAUGUGGUGGCCUAUCUCGCUGGACUUCCGAUGUAUUUGAAGGCUAACCUGUCACUGCCCCGCGGUGUGGGGGAGAAGCUACUUCUCCGACAACUAGCUCUCCAGCUUGGACUGCGUUCCACCGCUGUACUACCAAAACGAGCCAUCCAGUUCGGAUCUAGGAUUGCUAAACUGGAGAACAGCAAAGAGAAGGCCUCUGACGUUUGUGAUAGACUGAAGGAUGCACACAAGGCUGAUUGUGCAACAGUUUCAGGAUGUGCUGGGGACAUGGCUAAAUCCCAGAUGUUGACUGACAAACAUUGAUAACAUUUUUACUUAUGAAAUGACAAAUGAAAUCACCUGAUGAAGGAGCAAGAAGUAGCUCUGAUAUGUUGUACGAAGAAUAAAAGAAGUAGCUAUCUAUAGAAAAAGUGUCAUGUAUUCUAAAUGCCUAAAAAAGACUUUACAUAUUGAUUAUUGUUUUGUUAUCAGUGAGAUCAAUUUUGAAGAUAUAUCAUCCAUAAUAUUACUCUUUUACAGGUUACAGUAAAUAUCAUUUUUCAUUGUUUGUGUGAAAAUUCUUCUGCUUUAUAUUAUGUCAACUUUCAAAACAAAACAAAUAAAAUAAACUCAUCAAUGCAAGUUUUGCCAUCUUACUGCUUGAACUCUGUCUUCUGUCCUUGGGUGGGAUUUCAGGGCAAACUAGUUCACUCUCAGACAUGAAUCUGCGGUCUCUCCGUAAGAGUUGGACCAUCAGUAUCCCAUGCUUGUCUCCCGUGUGGACUAACUGAAGAUUGGGUGGUUCCACUGGUUUGCCUGUGCCAGUUAUAUAGCGGAAAUAUUGCUGAUUACCAUCCAAACAACAUUCACUCAGUUUGUGAGGAAACAAUACAAUCCAAUGUUAAUGUGUAGAAUGUUAAUUACUGUUUAGAUUACAAUGUUAAAGUGUACAAUCCAAUGUUAAUGUGUAGAAUGUUAAUUACUGUUUAGAUUACAAUGUUAAAGUGUACAAUCCAAUGUUAAUGUGUAGAAUGUUAAUUACUGUUUAGAUUACAGUGUUAAAGUGUACAAUCCAAUGUUAAUGUGUAGAAUGUUAAUUACUGUUUAGAUUACAAUGUUAAAGUGUACAAUCCAAUGUUAAUGUGUAGAAUGUUAAUUACUGUUUUGAUUACAGUGUUAAAGUGUACAAUCCAAUGUUAAUGUGUAGAAUGUUAAUUACUGUUUUGAUUACAGUGUUAAAGUGUACAAUCCAAUGUUAAUGUGUAGAAUGUUAAUUACUGUUUUGAUUACAGUGUUAAAGUGUACAAUCCAAUGUUAAUGUGUAGAAUGUUAAUUACUGUUCAGAUUACAAUGUUAAAGUGUACAAUCCAAUGUCAAUGUGAAAUAUAAUGAAAUGAAUGUGUACAGUACGAUGUUAAGCUGAACAAUCCAAUGGUAACGUUAAAAAUUGCAUGUAAAUGUGUCGAUAUUAACCUGUAAUAUACCAUUUGAACAUCCAAUAUUAACUUGUACAAUCCAAUGUAAACAUGUACAAUCCAAUGUAAACAUGUACAAUACAAUAUAAACAUGUACAAUACCAUGUUAACAUGUACAAUCCAAUGUAAACAUGUACAAUACAAUGUAAACAUGUACAAUACCAUGUUAACAUGUACAAUACAAUAUAAACAUGUACAAUACCAUGUUUACUUGUACAAUACAAUGUAAACAGGUACAAUACAAUAUAAACAUGUACAAUACCAUGUUAACAUGUACAAUACAAUGUAAACAUGUACAAUACAAUAUAAACAUGUACAAUACAAUAUAAACAUGUACAAUACCAUGUUAACAUGUGCAAUACCAUGUUAACAUGUACAAUACCAUGUUAACAUGUACAAUGCCAUGCAAACAGUUACAAUACCAUGUUAACAUGUACAAUACCAUGUUAACAUGUACAAUACCAUGUUAACAUGUACAAUACAAUGUUAACAUGUACAAUACAAUGUUA